AUGGAUAUGAGCGCAGAUCCAAAUCCUCUGGAUACUGGUCCUGGCCGUCAUGAUAAACAGUCUAAUCACCCUGGCUUGCCUGCGGCUGAAUCCUCAAAUUGUUCAGAUGUGACUAACUUGGAUGAAAAUGCAGCUGCUGUUGCUAACGGCAUACGGUCCUCUCCUUCUCCCAACAUCGCAAACGGGAAACCUGCAUCUCCUUAUCUCAAAGAAGCCACACCCGUCGGAACAAGUCCCUCCCCUGCACAUCCCACCCCUGCACAGACUGUCAGCUCAAAAGACCCCAAGGCCGCCGCUGCAGCUGCAAAUGACAUGCGAAAUGUGGUCAGAAGAAAAUUGACGGGCUAUGUUGGUUUUGCCAACCUGCCGAACCAAUGGCACCGAAAGAGUGUCAGAAAAGGCUUCAACUUCAAUGUCAUGAUUGUCGGAGAGUCUGGGCUAGGCAAAUCUACUUUGGUCAACACCUUGUUCAACACGUCGCUCUAUCCACCACGUGAACGCAAAGGUCCAAGUUUGGACAUCAUUCCAAAGACAGUUGCCAUCCAGUCAAUCAGCGCCGACAUUGAGGAGAACGGCGUGCGCCUGCGUCUGACAGUGGUCGACACCCCGGGAUUCGGAGAUUUUGUCAACAAUGACGACUCAUGGCGCCCGAUCGUGGAGAACAUUGAACAACGAUUUGAUGCGUACCUUGAGGCCGAAAACAAGGUUAACCGCAUGAACAUUGUCGAUAACCGAGUGCACGCCUGCGUCUAUUUCAUUCAACCCACUGGCCACUCUUUGAAACCACUAGACAUUGAAGUCAUGCGCCGCCUUCACACCAAGGUCAACCUGAUCCCUGUCAUCGCAAAGGCCGAUACGCUGACAGAUGAGGAAGUGGCCUCAUUUAAACAGAGGAUCCUUGCUGACAUUCAGCACCACUCGAUCCAAAUCUUCGAAGGCCCUCGAUACGAGCUGGAUGAUGAAGAGACCAUCGCUGAGAAUCAAGAGAUCAUGUCUAAAGUUCCAUUUGCCGUGGUCGGUGCCAACUAUGAAGUGACCAACCCAGAAGGCCGCAAGGUUCGCGGUCGCCGCUACCCAUGGGGUAUCAUCGAAGUUGACAACGAGGAUCACUGCGAUUUUGUCAAGUUACGACAGAUGCUGAUCCGAACACACAUGGAGGAGCUCAAAGAGAACACGAACAAUAUCCUGUACGAGAACUACCGUUCCGACAAGCUCAUCCAGAUGGGCGUUUCACAAGACCCCAGCGUGUUCAAAGAGGUCAACCCUGCUGUGAAGCAGGAGGAAGAACGCACACUCCACGAGCAGAAGCUUGCCAAGAUGGAAGCAGAAAUGAAGAUGGUGUUCCAGCAGAAGGUUCAGGAGAAGGAGAGCAAACUACAACAAAGUGAGGAGGAACUCUUCGCCCGUCAUCGCGAGAUGAAAGAGCAGUUGGAACGACAGCGAACAGAGCUCGAGGAGAAGAAGAUACGCAUCGAACAGGGUCGACCGAUCGAGAAGGAGGGUAAGAGAAAGGGAUUCUCGCUCCGAUAG